CAUCGCCCCUCAUACACCCCGCUGUCGCCCCUGCUCUUCGUCGGCGUUUCUGCUCUUCGUCGUCGUUCCUGCUCUCUGCUCUGCCUCGGCUGCCUCCCAUCUGCGGCCUGUCUCCAUCGCUACUUUCCGCCACGCCUGCUUCAACCGAAACGAUGGCAGAAUCAUCCCUUGUCUACGGGUAUCUUGCUCGCUUCGACCUGCUCACCAUCCUGAUCACAAAUGACGCCUUCAUUCGCGCUGCGAGUCCACCCUUGUUCGCAAAGCUUCUGAGAGUCUCGAAGCAGACUCGGGCCAUCCUCAAUACCGACAAGAUAUGGGAACAGUUACUAUUCCAUAAACUGCAAAUCACACCCGAAUUCCUGUUCGAGGGUGUCGAUCCCUCUAUCGAUCGGUUGAAAGUGGCGCAAGGGCUCCUCUGCUAUACCCAAAGGCAGAAUCAGCACAGGCCAACCAACCCAUCGAUGCUGGAGAAGGAGAACGAGCUCUGGUCUGAAGUCUAUCGAGACAGACGGCUGUUCAAUCGAGUGCAACGAUACUGCCAAGUGACCGACCCAGAGUUCCACUUCCCCGAGGACGCAAGACCAAACAGAUCCAAGCAGCCAUCCGUCGAGGAGAUGAUCACGAUCGCUGAAAGACGAAACUUUCCCUUCCAGUGGCCGAUAGAGAUGGAAAGAUGGCCAAGUUUCACGAUUCGACCCAGUGCGAGAAGGGGUGGAAACACCUAUGUUUCCAGGCUUUUGCCAUUCGAUAUCCCAAAGAUCGACCGCAUGUGGACAAAGGAACUGACUCUUGAGGAUGUGUCAUUUCUGGAAGUGUCUGGAUGGUCCAGAUGGCUCUCCAAUAUUCAAGAGCUGACCAUCAGACAUAGAAACCGGGAUCGAGUGGCUGGUUCGCUGAUCAGCUUGGAAGGCAUGCCGAAGGAGCUGCCCAUGCUUGCAAAACUCGACCUGAGUGAAUGCAUUGAACUCAAGUCACUCAAGGGAAUGCCUGAGAUGCCAAAGUUGGAGACACUUUAUCUCCCCAAGUCCAUCGAGUUCCUUGAAGGCAUGCCGAAGGAACUGCCCAUGCUCACAUGGCUCAGCAUGAGUGGAUGCAGUGAGCUCAAGUCGCUCAAGGGAAUGCCUGAGAUGCCAAAGUUGGAGAAACUCCUUCUCCCCAAGUCCAUCGAGUCCCUUGAAGACAUGCCGAACGAGCUGCCCAUGCUUGAAAGGCUCAGCUUGAAAGAAUGUAACCAAUUGAAAUCGCUCGAGGAAAUAUCCGAGAUGCCACAUCUGAAAGCGCUUGUGCUCCCCAAGUCCAUUGAGUCCUUGGAAGGCAUGCCAAACGAGCUGCCUCGCCUGACAUGGUUCGACCCGAGUGAAUGCAGUGAACUCAAGUCGCUCAAGGGAAUGCCUGAGAUGCCAAAGUUGGUGACGCUGAAGCUCCCCAAGUCCACCGAGUCCCUUGGAGGCUUGCCGAGGGAACUGCCUUCGCUAAAGCUCCUCACAUCCCCAUGA